AUGAAGUUAUGGAAGUUUGCUGCCAUCGGCCUGAUUCUCUGUGGUGCUGUGCUUCUUCUGCUCUUCCAUAAAACCACUCCCUCUUCCCGAGCCCCAGCCCCAGCCCCUCCUCCCCACCACAGAGCUUCAUCCUCAUCACUUUCACCUUCAUCAUCUUCAUUUACUCCCAGCAAUUCGUCGUCUACUGUUGUGGUAGGUCGGCGGCAACGAAGGAUCAGAUCAGCUGACAGAGGAAACUCUCUCGUAUCAGAAUUCAUGAAGAUCUUCCAGAGCUUCACAGAGGGCGAGUUGAAGCAGGUCAUCGGGACACUGGUGGAAAGGAAAGCCCGCAGAGAUGCCCAGCAGAGCAAAAGGACUAAACGUGCUAAAAAGCGAGCCAAACCCUGCUCGCUGCGGGAGGUGGAGGUGACAGUCACUCAGCUGGGGUUGGGCUACGUCAGUGACGAGACUAUAGUCUUCCAUUACUGCAGCGGAAAGUGCACUACUAGUCGCAAAAACUAUGACCUGACGCUGGCAUUCAUGAAGCGCUCGCGGCUGCUAACAAAGGAGCAGAAGGACAAGGCUCGCCACAGCCCCUGCUGUCGGCCCACCGCAUACGAGGAGGACGUCUCCUUCCUCGAUAACGCCAAUAAAUACCACACAAUCCAAGAGUUCUCAGCCAAAGCAUGCGGAUGCGUCUGACGUCGAGGGUCAUAGCAUGUUUUAAUCUCUGAAAACUACAGACCCUUGAUUCCAGAGAAGAAAAUCUUCUGGGUUUUUAAAGCACUGAGGCAAGAGCAAAUGUCUUGCAUUGCCUUCGCGAAAAAAACGGUUGACAGAUUCUCCUCAGACACUUCUGAUGAAGAGAAACUGAAAAUACAUUGAGAAAAUAAUAAUUAUCCUCAUGUUUAUCCUUUGCGAAUGUGAUGCUGCCGAUAUCUUGUUUCUAUUGCCUUCGUUGGUCUACUUCAGAUGGCUUGAAAUGUUGGAUGGAUGUUGAGCUCAGAGUUUCAAUGGUGAAACUCAUUCAGGGCUUAAGUAAACAAAGCAAAGGCACACCCAGUGCCGAACAAAACUUGCUCAUUGAGUAACCGACCUGUAAAUGAGCCCAGCAGCUCUCAAAGGUUUCAACUCUGACAAAUCAAAGUCAAAACAUUCCCACAAAUCAAGUUCAAAUGAACAUAUAAUUAUACUGAACACCUACCUCAGCAUUGAUAUAGUCAACAUUGCUCUGUAAAAAACCCCCCAGCAUUUUAUCAAAAGAUUUUCAAAUGCUAAAUAUCAUACAAAUGCAGAUUUGUAAAUGGCAACAGUGGAAAAACUGGAUUCGAAGGAAAUCUCUCAGCAGCAGCCAGUGUCAGGAAAUCUGUGCCUGAGGUCUUCCCUUAGUUAACCUGAACAAAUCCACUUCGUUUGCAUAAAUCCUAUCACAGAAGAGUCUUAUCUACUUAGCUCCUGUCAGACCUUGGCCAAAAACACAGACAACUAAAGUGGGAAGGACCUACAGUAACUGCAAAAGUGUCCCGAUUUUAGCUCUAAACUCCUGUGAUCAGAUGUCAAACAAGCACAGACACUGGUGAGACUAUCCACUCGUUCCGACUUUCUGCAGUCCAUCAUGUUUGCGUUGACAUAAAAACAAUAUUUUAUAAUUAUAAUAACAUUAUAUAAUGCUAUACUUAGUGGAUUACAGCUGCAAUAAGACACGCACACAUGAUGUCAACAGAUUGCAAAGACGAUAAUUGCACGCAACGGUCAUCAGAACUAUUUUAUUAAGUACUAAGAAGCGAAUUUGGUAUAUAACUGAAGUACUGAAGGUAAUUUGGUGUAUAACUGAAGUGUGAUUGAAAUCAAUUUGUUGUGCUCAGGAAGCAGUUGAGUGACCCUUUAAGCCACACGUAAGUCUAAUCAGUUCAUUAGAGCACUGAUGUAAUUACAGAACAAGACUUAAGCCCUAACAAACACCUGGCCUUAAAACCCAACAAACCUUGUGCUAACAAAGGUGUAAAGACUGUGUGCUACUGUAACAAACAUUCAUGCAAACUUAUUUUGAAGAUUAUUUUGUUUUCACAUGGACAAAAAUAUAUAUAUAUAUGAAACCAAACUGAAGAUUUAUGCAAUACACUAAUGUACAGUAGUAAUGUGCAUGUUUACGGUUGUACAAAUCUUUUAGCAUGCUGAACUAGAACAAUUGUUAUGAAAUAGAAUCUAAUUCACCUCAUCAAUGCACAUUCAUAAUCAAAUACCAUAUGCAAAAGUGUCUAAGCUAUAUGUUUCUGGUAUGAUAUUGCUUUAGUGCACCAAUUCAAGGGAUGGCUCGCCCAAAAACGAAAAUGCAGUCAUGAUUUCCUCACCCUAAAUCUCCUUCCUUUCUUCUGUGGAACAUAAAAGAAGAUAAUCUGAAGAAUGUUUUGGCGAUUUUGGGAAAAGACAUUCCUCAAAUAUCUUCUUUAAUGAUGACAGAUUUUUCACUUUUGAGUGAACUUUUUAUAGUGGAAAAUAUAAUACGCCUAAAUAUUGUUACAUUUAAACUGACUGAUCUUAUUUGAGUCCAAGAAAUGUAUUCAUUUGACUGAAGCGACUACAUCCUUACAAACAAAAUAUAACCAUCUGGUUUGAUAAAAACAGCUAGCUAAUAAUGUAUUUAUAGCACUUUUUUUAAGUGAACAAAAAAAAAAAAAAUCCACAUGAAAUCAAAGAAUCAAUCUGAGUAAUAAGAAAACAUGCACUCCUGUCUGAUCGAAAGAGUGACGUAUAAACCACUGAAAUCGAAAUCUGUCAGUCUGCGGUUAAUCAUGUUUGUUCGUUUCCUUUCUUUGGAGUAACUGCAGUGUUUGAGGAGUUCAUCUAUCUGUCCAUAUGGCCUCAGUCUCUUUCCACCUGCUGCAGUGGGACGUCCUGUUAACCCAGUGCGCACACACACACACACACACACACACAGCCUUUCAGUUUGAGCAUUGUUGGACACUGUUAACCAACUGUAAUAAACAUUGAUGCAAUGCAUCUAUAUAAAAAACGAUGUAUAUUUAUUGAAGAGUAAGUUAUGGUUUGUUUAUUUAUUUAGAUGUAGAAUCACUGACUUAACGAGAACAUAUUUAUUACAUUUUUUUGGGUGCCAAAAAGAUCUCAUAUGUAUUGUAUUCGAUAUAUAACAUUUAAUAAACUGU